AUCAUCAUAAACUCCGAAACCAUCGCCCAGGAGUUACUAGAAAAGUGUUCCGCGAAUUACUCUACCCGUCCCAUUAUUCGCACCACCGAAAUAGCUGGACUGGCUUUCAGUUCUGCACUGCUUCCGUAUGGGGAGACUUUACGACAACAUUGCAAGAUCUACCAUCAAGCCCUUAGGGCUGAGGUCUCGGUCUCAUACCACGAGAUAUACUCUCGCCAAGCAAAUGGACUAGUCAUCGAU